AUGCACAAAAAAGUUGUAUUUUUCCCAGGAAGGGUUCAAGUUGCGUUCCGGAAAGGGCCAUUGGGUUAUCUUCUUCAGGAGCCGACUGAUCAAGCCAGGCUGAUUAAAGACAACACAUCGCUACAGGACAAGUCGGCACCUAAGAAGCAGGAGUUGGUCCGUCAAUACGCUUUGCUUGUAGUCCGUCAGAGAGGAGGUGAUGCCUCAGACAGGAUUGAGGUGUUAGGGGAGUAUAUCUUGCAGUUUGGCAAGUACAAGGGUAAGUGUUUCCGCUGGCUCCUUGAAAAUGACAUUGGGUACGCCAUCUACCUGAUCAAAAGCCUUCAGCAGGAAGAGGCUGCAGGAGACUUUAUGACAGAGGGUAACAGCAAGGACAGCCUGUUGUCCUUUGUCAGUUAUGCCCAAAGCUUUGAGGAAAUCCAGUCUCUUCUUAGCUAUUUGUGCAAAAAUCCAGCUGCCCCAGCAGCCUUGUCUGAGGACAACCAGCUAGUUGGUUUUGGUUCUCGAGCAAAGAGUACCUGGCUGGAGAUUUGGGACAGCAGGGCAGAUGGUUAUGCUUCCUUCGUUAUGAAGAAAACAUGUGUGCUAGGGACUCGGAUGUAUAAGCUGCAGCAAUACCUGUGGAAGAAACAGCGUUCCACCCACACCUCACCUGUUACUGCCUCAAAAGCCCAAGAUGAGCCCAUGGAGAUGGAGAAAGAUGAGGAGCUGGAACGUGCGAUGCUGAGCAUCACCCCCUCCAAGCUACAGGUGCAAACUGCACCUCCAACACCACCAUCAGGUGCUGACCUGGAAAAGUCUACCAAAGCAGUAAAAGGUGUUUGCACUGAAGGUUCAGCACUGAUACAUGAGAUGAAUUGUUUUCCAAAGCUCAACAUGAAUUAUAUCCUCCUUUGUCAUGUUGUUCGUGUUCUGGUUACGUUCUAGCCAUGUUCCAAUAACAAUGUGUUCGCCGUUGGCAUAUACUAACUGUCCUAAGAACUAUGAAUUGGUUCCAGCCUCAGUCAGGGUAAGUACCUACUUUUAUUAUACAACUUUAAACUGUUCUGUGAGCAUUUAGCAUUUUCCUUGCUU